AUGACAACAACAGCCGACGUACUAUUUAACAAAUCCCCAAGAUCUGCUUUGAAAAUAAAUGUUGAUUAUUUAAAACAUUUUCUAUUAAAUGCAAAAGCUCAACGAUGGAUGAUUUGUGAAUGGUUUUAUUCAGAUCUUGAUUGGUGUUUACUUGCUACGGAAAAUGAAUUUGAAAAUUGUAUGGAACACUUUUUUCCGGAAUUUAUUAACAAUAAUAAUUCAAAAAGAAAAUUAGAAUUUACUCGACAUCAAUGGAAUUUAAUUCGACGUCGAUUUGGUAAACCUCGAAGAUUAUCAAUAGCAUAUCUUAAAAAUGAAAGAAUUAAAUUAUCUAAACAACGAAAUUUACUUCGUAUUCUUCAAUAUGAAAGCACAACACAUUAUCAAUCAGAAAAAAUCUUUCUGAAUAACCUUCCAUUUUUAAUUAUUUCACCAUUACCAAUUGAUUCUCGUGUUAUUGUUCGACUUUUUCGAUCUUCUCAAUAUGGUUUAUAUCGUGGACAAUUUAUUUCUCGAGAUGAAAAUAAUAAUCACUUAUAUAAAAUAUUAUUUGAUGAUUCGAAUAUUGGUUUGUCUGAAGAAUCACUUGAACGUGUUGUCCUUGGUGAUAAGUUAAAAACGAUGAAAUAUGGUGAAAAAGAUAAAGAAUAUUUAAAUAGUGAUAACGAUGAAGAAGAUUUUCAAACAACAGACGAAGAUGAAAUGACAAGAAAGACAAAUGUUAUUACUAAAAUACCUGACCGGCUGUUAUAUCUUAUUAUUCGAGUAUCACGAAUACUUUGUGCUAAACGUGAUUCAAUUGAAAGUUUACGUAAAAUGAACGAUCAAGCAGAAUUUGAAAUAAGUAGACAUAUACCAUUAAGUGAUGCUUUUCGACGAGAUUAUGCACAUUUAGUUCAAUGGUUAGCAAAAUUAAAUGAAUAUUUAGCAAAAUUUAUUGAUGAGAUAAAUAAUAUCUGUCGAGAAAUUGUAACUGAUGAACAAUUACUUGUCGUAUUUAAUGAUACAAAAUUUGUAUGUGAUAGAUCACAACGAUUAGCACAAGAACUUAUUAAUAAACUUAACAUUCCACCAAUGGUUAUAAAUGAAGGAAAUCUUGAAUUGAUUACAAAACUUGUUGCUCUUGUUGUUCAAAUGAAAGAAUUUUCUGAAAGUGAAGGAUCUUUCUCGGAAUUACAUGCACUUGAUGAAGCAAAUGACAAUUUAAAAAAAUUUAUUCAUCCAUCACUUUUGUCUACUUAUAAACAAUGUGUAGAAAGUAGUGUAACACAAUUUAAAUCUGGUCUGAAUAAUCGUCCUGGUCUAGGUUUAUUACAAUCAUUUCUUCAUACACAAUCUGAAUCGAUUGAUCAACAAACUAAUAAUCCUUCUAUUAAUCAAACAUUCUUUAGUCUUUAA